AUGGCUACCGAUAUCGCGACCAGAGAGCUUCGCGAGCCCGUCACUGUCGCCGAGUACCUCUUCCAGCGACUUCAUCAGAUUGGCAUCCGUGCGGUUCAUGGCGUUCCUGGCGACUACAACCUCGCUGCGUUGGACUAUCUACCAAAAUGUGGUCUUCACUGGGUGGGAAACUGCAAUGAGCUGAAUGCCGGAUAUGCUGCGGACGGAUAUGCUCGAGUCAAUGGAAUUAGUGCCUUGAUCACCACCUUCGGCGUGGGCGAGCUGUCGGCACUGAAUGCUCUCGCCGGUGCUUACUCUGAAUUCGUCCCGAUCAUCCACAUUGUCGGUCAACCACACACCAAAUCGCAGAAAGAUGGGUCCUUGUUGCACCACACGCUAGGCAACGGUGACUUCAAUGUCUUCACGCGAAUGAGCUCCGGCAUUUCCUGCGCUACCGGCAACUUGAUCGAAACUCACGAAGUGGCAACCCUGAUCGAUAACGCUAUCCGUGAAUGCUGGGUUCGCAGUCGUCCGGUUUACAUCACUCUUCCCACCGACAUGAUCACGCAACAAAUCGAGGGUCAACGGCUGAAGACCCCGAUUGACCUUUCGCUGCCUCCGAAUGACCCAGAGAAGGAGGACUACGUGGUGGAUGUGGUCUUGAAGUAUUUGCAUGCGGCCGAGAGACCGGUGAUCCUUGUCGAUGCUUGUGCCAUUCGCCAUCGUGCGCUUGACGAAGUUCAUGAUCUGGUGAAAGCUUCCGGUCUGCCCACCUUUGUGGCCCCGAUGGGCAAGGGGGCCGUAGAUGAGACGCUCAAAAACUUUGGGGGUGUCUAUGCCGGAACAGGAUCGAACCCUGGUGUUCGUGAGCAAGUCGAGUCCUCGGAUCUCAUCUUGAGCAUCGGGGCCAUCAAGUCCGAUUUCAACACCUCGGGAUUCUCGUACCGCAUUGGACAACUCAAUACCAUCGACUUCCACAGUACGUUCGUGCGCGUUCGCUACUCCGAAUAUCCCGACAUCAACAUGAAGGGCGUCUUGCGGAAGGUGGUCCAGAAGAUGCGCUCGCUCAAUGUUACACCGGUCUCGCAUGUCUCGAAUAUCUUGCCCGACGAGGAGAAGAACUCGACCAACCAAGCGAUUACCCACGCAUGGCUCUGGCCGGUCUUCGGACAAUGGUUGAAAGAGAAAGACAUCGUUAUCACUGAAACCGGAACCGCCAAUUUCGGCAUUUGGGACACCCGAUUCCCUGCCGGCGUCACCGCCAUCAGCCAAGUCCUUUGGGGCAGCAUUGGGUACUCGGUUGGCGCGUGCCAGGGAGCUGCGUUGGCUGCAAAGGAGCAGAACCGGCGUACUGUGUUGUUCGUUGGAGACGGAAGUCUACAACUCACCGUGCAAGAGAUCAGCACCAUGAUCAGAAACAAGCUCAACCCCAUCAUCUUUGUUAUUUGCAACGAAGGCUACACAAUCGAGCGGUACAUCCAUGGGUGGGACGAGACCUAUAACGACAUUCAGACAUGGGAUAUCAAGGGCCUCCCCACCGUCUUCGGGGCCAAGGACCAGUACAAGGGAUACAAAGUCCAGACUCGGGAUGAGCUCACUCAGCUUUUCGCGAACCAGGAAUUCGCUUCCGCGCCUUAUCUCCAGUUGGUGGAAGUCCACAUGCCCCGUGACGAUGCUCCGGCGGGCUUGAAGAUCACUGCUUCGGCAGCGGCGGAGAGAAAUAAAUAA